AUGGAGCUCGAGAACAGAGAGGAGCAGCUUUUGCAUGAGUACCUUUUCAGGCAUUUCAAAGAAAACAAGGUGGAGAUUGCGAGUGCAAUAACCAAGCUGUUUCCUUUCCUCAUGAGCCUCCGAGACCGCGCCUUCAUCUCCCAGCAGAUGUUUGACCAUCUUCAAGAAGCUUGUAGAAACCUGGUCCCUGUGAACGCAGUGGUAUACACCGUCCUCAGUGAGCUGGAGAAGACCUUCAGCCUGUCGCUUCUGAAUGAACUGUUCAGCCACACCAAUCUGACCGCCUACCCAGACUUAGUGGAGAUUUCCAGAAGCUUCCUAAAUGGUAACAAAAGCUCUCAGUGGGGUUUGGGGUUCAAGUCCCGUCACCCGUCAUUCACUCUUGCUGAGGAACCAUGGCAUGGACACAAUGGUGAAGACACCAACCUGCCCUGUGUCCUCACGGAGCUCACCCAGGCCCAGUAA